AUGAACGAGCCGCUGACCCCGCCGCACAGCCCGCCGCCGAACAGACGGCGCUACACGCGCCCGUUGCUGGAGCUGUUGCUGCUGCCCACCAAGCCGCUCGUCCUGCUCCCGUUCUCUCCUGGCACCAAAAGAGGGCCUGAAGAUGGCGACGAUGACGACGACGCGUUGGUAGGGCUAGAAACCCCGCGCCACGACCCCCAGAAGAAACCCCGCCAGCCCCACUACAUCAACCUGGCCCGACGCCUCUUUGUCGACGACGCCAACGAAGACGUCAGCGAACUCAGCCAGAAACUCAAGCUGCGGCUAUCGAGCGCCCUCAACAGCAUGCCCCAGGAGCUGCCGGCGCAUUUCAGCUUAGAUAGCACUCCUUGGGGCGACACUCUGCCCACUAAGACCAAAAGAGUGCUGUGGCACCCUCAGGGCAACGUGGUCAACGUGAAUUUGGCCGACCAGGGCCCCCCGCUGCUGUUCAAAUUCGGCAGCGGCUCGCUGAUGCCGAAACUGACGCUGAUGCCGUUUUUGCUGGUCAACGACGACCUGCUGGCCCACCAGGCCCUUUUGGCGGCGAUUCUGCGCCAACGACGCCAGGGCGCUAACAAACGACGCCUGUUCUCCCACCGGCGGACGACGUCGCUUGACGAAGUGUUGCGCAGUGGCCACGGAUUGCCGCGCCCGGUGCCGAUGGCCACGCCAACGCAGGCGCCACCAACGAUGGGCUCACUCCGCCCCCCGCUCUCGCCCCACCGCGCCACUCCCCCGGCGUUACUGUUACCUCCUUUGAACGCGGCCCUCGACGACAAGCAGCACCUGGAGCAGGACGCGGUGCUUCUGUUGAUGCUGUUGCUGCUGCCACAGGCGCGGCUGGACCCGCUGGCGCUGGUGGAGCUGGGGCUGCCGGUGCAACUGGCGGCGCCCCGCUUGCCCCCGAUCCGGGUGCCGGACCGGGCCGACGACGACGCCACCGACAUUGAGGACGACGCCACCGAGGACGAGGACGAUUAG